AUGGUUACAGUCAUAGUCGUGGGAGGACCAGCAGGUACUGGUAAAACAACACAAGGUCUUAUGCUUUCCAAGCGGUAUAGCUGCCCUUUCAUUGAAGGAGACUCUCUUCACCCCAAAGCCAAUAUUGACAAAAUGGCGCAAGGAAUACCAUUAACCGAUGACGAUCGUUGGGGUUGGUUGAAAACACUAGCCCAAGAAUCAAGCUCCAAGGCACUUGAAGAUCCAAGUCAUUUAGCGGUGGUGUCGUGUUCUAUGUUGAAGAAAGUGUAUCGUGAAUACAUCAAAGAGAGUUCUGUUAGUGCCGAAGUUGAAUUUAGGUUUGUGUUUUUGUACACUAGUUUUGAAGAAUUGAUGAGUCGAGUGGAGAACCGCGUGGGCCAUUAUAUGAAGUCGGAUAUGGUCAAGUCCCAGUAUGAUAUAAUGGAGAUUCCAACGGGAAAAGAGUUGUUGAAAAAUGGCGGUGAAGCGGUCAUUGUCGAUACUAGUGGGAAAACACCAGAAGUUAUAUUCAAGAAGAUUGUUUCUGAUUUGAGUUUACCGGCAGUGGAUGAAGACAAAGAACCAGACUCUUAA